AUGCAUCUCUUGCUUCCCGUGACUCUCGGCUGCCUGGUGUCCUGUGCUAUGGCCGGUAGCCUUGGUGGCUUCGGCGGUGGUGGAUACGGCGGCGGAGGCUUCGGCGGUGGAGGCUUCGGCGGCGGUCAUGGCGGCGGCGGUUAUGGCGGCGGCGGCUAUGGUGGCGGCGGCGGCUAUGGCGGCGGAGGCUUCGGCGGCGGAGGCUUCGGCGGCGGUGGCAUCAGCAAGAUCAUCAUCGUCAAGAGCGGCGGCGGCGGAGGUUACGGCGGUGGAGGCUACGGCGGUGGAGGUUAUGGCGGUGGCGGCUUCGGCGGUGGAGGCUUCGGCGGUGGAGGCUUCGGUGGAAAGGGAGGAUAUGGCGGUGGCGGAGGAGGAUGGUGGUAA